UUUUAGAGCAGCAGAAUGAUAUUAAUAUGUUUAGAAAAAUCUGCAAUCCAAACCUUGAAAAACACACAGAUAUUUUAAUAUGUGAAAUAAGUUUUUGAACUGCAAGAAAACAAGUUUAAAAGAGAAUUCCUCAGCUCGAAGAUUUCAGUAGCACUCCCAUGGUUAUUAAUUGUCUUUAAUAGUCUGGUGGAGAAAUUUAUUCAUGGGCAGAAAUUGCUUUAAUCACAAGUAGUUGUUUAUAUCCAAUCUGCCCUUUUAUGUAGAUAGAUAUUGCGAUUACAUGGGAAACAGCACACCAGUGACAGAAUUCAUACUGAUGGGGUUAACAGGGGACUCACAAUUGCAGCUGAUCCUCUUUGGGACAUUUUCUGCUGUUUAUGCCUUCACCCUGGUGGGAAAUCUAAGCAUGAUUAUCUUGAUCAGGAUCAGUCCUUCUCUCCACACACCAAUGUAUGUUUUCCUUACCAGUUUAUCUUUUCUGGAUAUUUGUUACACCUCAUCUGUCACCCCAAACUUUCUAUCCAAUCUUUUAAAAGAGAAAAAAAGUAUUUCUUAUGGAGGCUGCUUUACUCAGCUUUACUUUUAUGCCACAUUUGGAACCACAGAGUGCUACCUCCUAGCAGUGAUGGCCUAUGAUCGCUAUGUGGCAAUCUGCAAUCCACUACUCUACUUGAUGAUAAUGUCCCAAAGAAAGUGUGUUCAGCUGAUAGCAAUUUCCUACAUUGCUGGGAUCAUUAAUGCUUCUGUGCACACAAUGACUGCAACUAGACUGUCCUUCUGUGGUCCAAACAUCAUUAAGAGUUUUUAUUGUGAGGGUCCACCCCUUUUUUCUCUUUCCUGCUCAGAUAUCACUCUUAAUUAUCUUCUGGUAUUUGUAUUUGUUGGCUUCAAUUUAAUAACAACAAGCCUGACUGUUCUCACCUCCUACACAUAUAUCCUGAUUACCAUUUUAAAGAUCAACUCUGCCGCAAGCCGUAGGAAAGCCUUCUCCACUUGUACCUCUCACCUCAUAGUCAUCACCAUUUUCUAUGGAUGUCUUAGCUUUAUGUAUGCACGGCCAAGCUCUAGACCAAAUUAUAACCUAGACCAAAUGGCUUCAGUGUUCUAUGUAGUGGUGACCCCCAUGCUCAACCCAUUAAUCUACAGCAUGAGGAACCAGGAGGUAAGGGGUGCUUUCAGAAAUAUCCUACAACAGAAAGUUCGUGCUCAACAGAUACGAUUAUUGUUGUUACCAAAAUUUAAGUUUAGAUAA